AUGAAGUGUUCCGUCUUGGUCUCCAUCCUCGCGCUCGCGGGCGUGCGUGGCGCGACCGCUGGCGAGUCAAAUCCCCUGGGCAAGGUCAUCGAGCUCAUGGACUCCCUGGCGGCGAAGCUGGUCGCAGACGGGGAUGCCGAGGACAAGGCAUUCCACAGGUAUGUGGAAUGGUGCGACGAGACGACUUCGAAUCAGAAGUACGACAUCGACACCGCAACCACCAAGAGCAGCGAGCUCGGGGCCACCAUCGCGAAGGCGACCAGCGACAUCGAGGCGGCCGAAGGCAAGAUCGGCGACCUGGCGGGCAAGAUCGCGAAGGCAGAGGGAGAGCUGAACGACGCCGCGCUGAUCCGCAAGAAGGAAGCAGCCGAAUUCUGCCACAAGGUGUCCCACGAGCAGGUGACACUGUUCAACCUUCUGAACUGGGUGCACAUACAGUUCUCGGUUGUGGUGACGUCCAAUGACACGGACGCGAAGAACAACAAUUUUGGAUUCAGUUUCACGCAGAUGCAGGGGCUCAGCAUCUGUAUGGCAUUGAAGGCAAAGCACACGCCACAGAUGAACAAGAGUCGUGUCCUCACCAUGCUGGAAGCAGCAGGUACGGACAAACCGCAGAAGAUGUACGAUCACUUGAAAAAGUUCUCCACGGAGCGUAUGGCUAAGAUAGCUGCCAUGCCCGCCAAGGAGAUUGCUGAAGCGAUGAAAGUAUGGUUGGAAGAAAAGCCUUACGGUGCUACUCCUCCAGCCAAGCCGCAGCCGCCCAAGAAGCCGAAGGUCUCGCCCCCGAAGCCAAAGACAGGAGGUAUUACCAAUGAGGCCCUGGACGAAGAGAAGAAUACAGAAGACUUUGUCCCAUUCCCCAAGGCCAUCUCCCUGACGGACGCGCUCAACAUGGUCACGGACCUAGAGGGCGGCCGCGGGUUAGGCUACAAGCAAAAUGGUGCGCUGUUCUUCAGAGUCGAAAAGUCUAAGUCAGGCCUUGCCACUAUCCUUUCUGCAAAUAUUACCAGCUGGAAUACCUUUUCUGGCCGCCUUGCUCUCAUGAAUGCAGAUGUCCUUGCGCUGCAGGAGACACGCCUCAAUUUGAAGGAGCAGAUGGACGCCGAGGCCCUGGGCGACCAGCCUGUGGUCAUGUGCGUGGACUCGAAUACGACAAUUGCACAGACAUCCACGCUAUCCGCAGCCCUGGCUACAGGGCGAUGGCACGAUGUUGGAGCUAUGUAUGGAGCGGAACCCACUUACGGCCUGGACCCGAAGUGGGAUAAGUAUUCGACAGGCAAUCAUGUUACGCGCCCUGAUCUUAUUUUGGUCAGUACGGCAGCUCGAGAUUCCAUCCACUCUUUUCGCUUGCGACGGGACCUGGGGAUCAAGUGCCACCUAGGUCUGGAGCUCACGCUGAAUAUCACCAAGCUCUCAGAGGUCUGGCAAAGGUAUCGUAUGCCUGUGGCCUACCCCGUUGAGCUAGUCAAGAAGAUCUCCGAGGAGGACAACGAAGCGUUGGGCAAAGAAUGUGUGGAUGAGUAUUAUGACCGGUUCUACGAGGCACUGGACAAAGAAGAUGCAAAUACAGCGUGGUCUCUCAUCGGGCAGAUGGGCGAAGCUUUUCUGGAGAAACGUCCCACGACUUCCAAGUUGCGGCAGAUCGAGAAUGUACUCCACCGUCUCACUGAGCUCUCAAAGAAGAUUCACAUCUACUUCCAGGGUACAGAGGGUUAUCAAUCCAACGAGAUAGUCACCAAGCGCACUGACAUCCUGGACCACAUCAACCGUUUCUGGAGCACGAUAUUCAACAAACCUGACCUCUGUGACUGGGAUAAGUUCUUUGCACGCUUUGGACGCUAUAUCCCUUCUUGCCAGUGCACCAUCACUGACAUCACAGGCUCCAGGCUGCUCAAGCAAUUCAGAAAGAUGGGAACUACACGUGCUGUGGCGGCCGAUGGCUGGAGAGUCGGCGAGCUCCGAUUGCUGCCUCUUACCAUCUGCGAGUUGAUUGCAGUUGCCCUAAAAGGUAUUGAGGACCAGUGGCUCCCCUGGCCAGAUGUUAUGUGCACGGGCAUCACGUCCUGUUUACCAAAAUGGGACCCAGAGGCAGACCUUGCCUCGACCUGUGAACCAGAUGAAGUGUGGCUGGCCACGGUUGAUCAAACGCGGCCGAUCACCAACCUCUCGCCAAUCUACACUGCCUUGACAGGCGACCGCUUCCAGCAGAUGUCUCCCUGGCGUCAGACUUACGCCUACGAAGAUCUGGUUACGGAUCAGAUUGUUUCCGCAUUGAGAAGAUCAAAGCACAUCGCAAACGAGAUGAAGUACCCCCAGAAGACCUACCUGACUGGGAGGCUAACAAACAGGCAGAUGACAGUGCUGUUCAAGCUGCACGCCAACAUAGUGUGCCAGAGGAUAUCAGACACCAACACCUGCGAGAUCAGCAUCUAUGUUAUACUCUUCAGCACACAGCCACGAUUAUCUUGGCUGCACGUGCAAAGCAACUUCAGGCUAUGGGAAGAGACACUCAUCAUGCCCGAUGCGCUCAAGCCGAAGCUAUGCAAAAUGCCGAACUGGAAGGUGCAGACCCCCAAUGGCCAGACGAGGAUGCUGAGGCCAACCUGCACAAGCACCAAUGCACCGCCUGCGGAGCAAAACACCGCGACCUACGGCGACAUCCUGUACUACAGAUACGCCACCAACAACCACCCCAGCCUCAUCAUCUUGUCCGGCUGCGGACCCAGCAACAUCAGCGUCGUCAAGCUCCACGUGGGUACGACCAGCUUUAGAUCAGAUGACUACCAAUCCCUUGACCUGGAGUCCGAAGCAGAGCUCACGGACACUCUGAGCGCCCUGUCGCGGGCGAUCGACCUGAUCUCCAAGGAAAUGGCCAAGAACCCCGCCGCCUUCGUGCAGAUGGAUGUCUCGGGCGUGGCUGGUCUGGUCACUGCUCUCAGCACAAUUGUGGACGCUGUUUCCCUCGGGGGUGCCGAUAAGGAUAGGCUCGUUGCGUUUGCGCAGGAGCAGCGGGAUGCAGCUGAGUCGGACGAGUCUGGUGCCCCUGACCCAGCAGCGUACAGGUCACACAGCAAGGGGAUCCUGGACGUCCUCGAGGAUCUGAAGGCAAAGGCCGAGGAGCAGCUCGCCACCCUGCGCAAGGAGGAGUCGAGCACUCAGCACAACUACGCCCUGUUGAAACAGAGCCUGGAAGACGAGGUUGCCUACAACACGAAGGAGCUGAAAGAGGAGAAGGCGUUCAAGUCUGACACGGAGGAGGCGAAAGCGACUGCCACCGCGGAUCUUGCAACGACCACGAAGUUGCUCAAGGACACGGAGGCAGCGAGGUCGGCAACGCAGGCCGAUUGCAUGAAGUUAGCGACAGACCACGACGUCUCCACCGCAGGCCGCACUGCCGAGCUGAACACGAUCGCCGCCGCGAAGAAGGCGCUUGUGGAGACAAGCUCUGGCGCUGUGGAGCAGACGUAUUCCUUCAUCCAGAAGGUAAGCUCGAGCCUGCGCACUGGCGCAGACCUGAAGGGCGCCGAGGUGGCCCGCUUCGUCAAGAGGCUGGCCAAGGACCAUCAUUCUGAGGCCCUCGCGCAGCUGGCAUCGCGCAUCACAGCGCUCAUGCAGUACGGCAGUGGCGCCGGGGCGGAUCCCUUUGUAAAAGUGAAAGGGCUGAUCACGGACAUGAUAGAGAAGCUUCAAGCCGAGGCUGACGCGGCUGCGACCGAGAAGGCCUACUGCGACGAGCAAAUUGCCAAGACCGAAGCGAAGAAGUCGGAGCUCGAGGAUGACAUCGCCAAGCUGACGUCCAAGAUCGACACCAAGAGCGCACACUCGGCCAAGCUCAAGGAGGAGGUGAAAACACUGCAGACGGAGCUGGCCUCGCUUGCCAAGGAGCAGGCAGAGAUGGACCAGAUCCGCUCUGACCAGCACGCAGACUACCUCCAGGCCAAAGCCGACCUCGAGCUUGGCCUGGAGGGCGUGGGCAAGGCGCUCUCGAUCCUCCGCAAGUACUACCAGGGUGACGGGGCCGCCAUGCUCCAAAGCCAGCAGCCAGCGAAACCCGUGUUCCACAGCAAGGUCAUAGAGUCCGAUUUCGCGAAGAACCUUGCCGACGAGGAGGCAACGGAGGCGGAUGCGUUGUCCUCGUACGAUGCCAGGACGCAGGAGAUCAAGGUGUCCAUGGCCACGAAAAGCCAGGAUGUGAAAUACAAAGUGCAAGAGUUCAAGGGCUUGGACAAGGACGUCAACGAGCUGUCCGCUGACCGCACGUCCACCAACGAGGAGCUGUCGUCGGUGCUGGAGUACUUUGCCCAGGUCAACCAGCGCUGCAUCGCCAAGCCGGAGACGUACGAGGAGCGCAAGGCCCGCCGCGAGGCCGAGAUACAAGGAUUGAAGGAAGCCCUUGCGAUCCUGAGCGACGAGACCGCUGCGUCGCUCCUGCAGUGUUCCGUCCUGGUCUCCAUCCUCGCGCUCGCGGGCGUGCGUGGCGCGACCGCUGGCGAGUCAAAUCCCCUGGGCAAGGUCAUCGAGCUCAUGGACUCCCUGGCGGCGAAGCUGGUCGCAGACGGGGAUGCCGAGGACAAGGCAUUCCACAGGUAUGUGGAAUGGUGCGACGAGACGACUUCGAAUCAGAAGUACGACAUCGACACCGCAACCACCAAGAGCAGCGAGCUCGGGGCCACGAUCGCGAAGGCGACCAGCGACAUCGAGGCGGCCGAGGGCAAGAUCGGCGACCUGGCGGGCAAGAUCGCGAAGGCAGAGGGAGAGCUGAACGACGCCGCGCUGAUCCGCAAGAAGGAAGCAGCCGAAUCCUGUGACAUAGUGGAGUUCGACCAGAGGGGCCUCGUCACGGGCUUCAAGGGCGACUCUGCCGAGACGUACAACCUUCUGAACCACAGCUUCAGGUUCUCGGUUGUCAUGACGACGGAUGAUGGAUAUCACGAGAUGGUCCAUUGCGUCGCGAAGUACGUCCACAUAUAUUAUCUUCAGAAUAUUAGCAUCAAUUUUGUGGAGAGAUGUUGUUGGGGCUUCAUCUUUCCAGGGGAUCGAGAAUAUUCACUUGGAUAUAGGUGGCUUAUCACCCACCAGGCGUGGAAUCGACUUCAGCAUGCGCUCCAUGGCAAUGGGCCGGGGGCGAAGACUGCACUACGCAAGCGACUGGCGAAGCUGGCCAACACUCCAGCGACGAUGGCGUCUCGAGUCAUGACUGUGCUCGAGAUGAAAGAGGUAUCCCAGGCUCAGAAGACGCACGACCACCUGCGGAACAUAAGUAAAGAAAGAAUGGCAGAGAUAUCAAAGAUGGAGGCCGAGAAAAUCUUUCCAGAGAUCACCAAGUGGCUCAAGGAGAGACCGCUCGGCUCGAAGCUCCCUGACACGGACUCGGAGCCCAAGAAGAAGAAAGUGAACAAGAAAAAAAAGUCAGCAGCUACACCACAACCGACAUGGCAGCUGACAACCAAGCUCGACGAUGCAGACUGGUCACUACCGACUGUACGAGGGCUGCCAUCGCAAUAUGACGACAUGAAGCGGAUCCACCUUGUCACCGUGAACGAGAUGGCGCAGCUUCUGUCAGAUAAGGACUUCUGGAGCAAAGAGUUGCCGAACGACCCCUUUGGAUUCGUCUUGGCGCAGCCGCCAGACACAGCUACGAUCUAUGAGAUCUCCCCGCUGCCAGCGCUGAUCGACGGCAAGGCCCUCUGCGACCAGCUCAAGACGCAGAUGGGAUGGCAAUCUGAAUUCGUGAGCAUACGGCAGCGAGGCGGGCGCAAGUAUGGGGCAGCCAAGGAGAUGUACGCGACGACUCGCUGGCUUCGGGUUGUAGCUCUCUUUGGCCCACGUCCCAUCCACUUCGUCAACCUCUACAACGAAGCUGGCCAUGACAAUAUGAUCAGGACAGCGAUGCCCUUGGACGUCAAUGUAUUGAAGUACACUAUGAAGCUUUUGAGCAAGCACUUAUCGACGAACGGGCCGAGGAUCUUCAACAAAGGCGAGCUGAAGACAUGGGACAAGUUCGAGACCCGUUUCGGCGAAUACAUCAAGCAAUAUCCAUGUGAGAUCGAGCUACAGGAACGGAAGGACAUGAAGGGCUGCGCUGUUGGCCUGAAUUACCACGUGACCACGUCCAUCCUGCGCAAGGCUGACCGCACCACCAAGCCCGAUGACGAGGACGUGGACGACGAGCCGAAGGCCGAUGACACGGUGCGAGCGCCAAUGUCGGCGUCCUGGGUAGAGCUUGCCAUUGAUUUCACUAUUGUAACAGGCCUCUCUCUUGUCACGCCGCAGGAGAGCGCUAGUGAGGCAAAGAUCGUGCGCAUGGCUAGAUACUUCAGUACUGCAGCUACGAGGAUGGCACAGCUAUGCAAAUGCAAAUUGGCUCCACGAGAGACCCAUGCCGAGAUAAGCGCCUUGAUACCACUUGGUCUUCGCAAGGCCCCAGGAUUCAAGUGCAGAGCGUCUUUUGUGGCUCACCAGCACACGAUGAAGGUGAUGCACACGCUGGCCCUCGCUUCUACUGACCGCAGGGGCAGCCUCGACGUGCGCCCCGACUGGUGCUCGCCGCCGAAGCCGAUAUGGAACGUUCCUUGCCUCAAGGAGAACAUAGUCAAGACAGCACACGUUGCCAUGUUUUGCUGUUACUGCACCGACAUCGUGAAUUUGACGGUGAUCGGGAACCUGAAUGCUACCUCCCUGCUCGGCGACCUGGCGGCAGAGCUCACGGACACUCUGAGCGCCCUGUCGCGGGCGAUCGACCUGAUCUCCAAGGAAAUGGCCAAGAACCCCGCCGCCUUCGUGCAGAUGGAUGUCUCGGGCGUGGCUGGUCUGGUCACUGCUCUCAGCACAAUUGUGGACGCUGUUUCCCUCGGGGGUGCCGAUAAGGAUAGGCUCGUUGCGUUUGCGCAGGAGCAGCGGGAUGCCGCUGAGUCGGACGAGUCUGGUGCCCCUGACCCAGCAGCGUACAGGUCACACAGCAAGGGGAUCCUGGACGUCCUCGAGGAUCUGAAGGCAAAGGCCGAGGAGCAGCUCGCCACCCUGCGCAAGGAGGAGUCGAGCACUCAGCACAACUACGCCCUGUUGAAACAGAGCCUGGAAGACGAGGUUGCCUACAACACGAAGGAGCUGAAAGAGGAGAAGGCGUUCAAGUCGGACACGGAGGAGGCGAAAGCGACUGCCACCGCGGAUCUUGCAACGACCACGAAGUUGCUCAAGGACACGGAGGCAGCGAGGUCGGCAACGCAGGCCGAUUGCAUGAAGUUAGCGACAGACCACGACGUCUCCACCGCAGGCCGCACUGCCGAGCUAAACACGAUCGCCGCCGCGAAGAAGGCGCUUGUGGAGACAAGCUCUGGCGCUGUGGAGCAGACGUAUUCCUUCAUCCAGAAGGUAAGCUCGAGCCUGCGCACUGGCGCAGACCUGAAGGGCGCCGAGGUGGCCCGCUUCGUCAAGAGGCUGGCCAAGGACCAUCAUCCUGAGGCCCUCGCGCAGCUGGCAUCGCGCAUCACAGCGCUCAUGCAGUACGGCAGUGGCGCCGGGGCGGAUCCCUUUGUAAAAGUGAAAGGGCUGAUCACGGACAUGAUAGAGAAGCUUCAAGCCGAGGCUGACGCGGCUGCGACCGAGAAGGCCUACUGCGACGAGCAAAUUGCCAAGACCGAAGCGAAGAAGUCGGAGCUCGAGGAUGACAUCGCCAAGCUGACGUCCAAGAUCGACACCAAGAGCGCGCACUCGGCCAAGCUCAAGGAGGAGGUGAAAACACUGCAGACGGAGCUGGCCUCGCUUGCCAAUGAGCAGGCCAAAGCCGACCUCGAGCUUGGCCUGGAGGGCGUGGGCAAGGCGCUCUCGAUCCUCCGCAAGUACUACCAGGGUGACGGGGCCGCCAUGCUCCAAAGCCAGCAGCCAGCGAAACCCGUGUUCCACAGCAAGGUCGUAGAGUCCGAUUUCGCGAAGAACCUUGCCGACGAGGAGGCAACGGAGGCGGAUGCGUUGUCCUCGUACGAUGCCAGGACGCAGGAGAUCAAGGUGUCCAUGGCCACGAAGAGCCAGGAUGUGAAAUACAAAGUGCAAGAGUUCAAGGGCUUGGACAAGGACGUCAACGAGCUGUCCGCUGACCGCACGUCCACCAACGAGGAGCUGUCGUCGGUGCUGGAGUACUUUGCCCAGGUCAACCAGCGCUGCAUCGCCAAGCCGGAGACGUACGAGGAGCGCAAGGCCCGCCGCGAGGCCGAGAUACAAGGAUUGAAGGAAGCCCUUGCGAUCCUGAGCGACGAGACCGCUGCGUCGCUCCUGCAGGCGCGCAAGCACCGCUCCCUGCGCCAGGGGGCCCUGACCGCGUGA